GUGCUCGAACAUGCCGGAUUCAAUGAGCAGGAUCGUAAACGUGUUAUUGAAAUGGUAAUGGAAGUGUCAGGAGCUCGCGAGACAGUUGAUAAGGCUGUCAAGGUAUUUUACUUUGACGGCUACUUAUCCAUUUUAAUCACUUUUGUUGUAAAAAGGGAUGGAAUGUUGUAA